UGUUGUCAUGUAGUAUGAUCCACAGAGCGAGAAGUCUGGUGGUCUGCAGCUGCUUUGGAAAGAGAAGAUCUGGAAAGAGGGAGGAGAGGAGAGAGAGAAAGUGACAGGAAGCCACGACUGUGGCUCAAAAACAGAAAAGAGAAGAAAUAGGUUGUCCAAAAUACAACAUAACCAUAUGGUGGUCUUUAAAGUGGAAAAGUGAUCAGAAAAGGGUUAAUCUAUAACUUUUUGGAAAGGAAAAAGUUACAGCAAACAUUUGUUUAAGACUCCAUCAUGACAGCGUUACCAGCAGAGACGGGCCUUGAAGAUGCCAACAAUCAAAGUUUCUGGAUGCCGGGAAACUACCACCGGACAGUGAAGCGGACCGACGAUGCCUUCCAAGCAUGUAAUGACAUAGUGGCAUGUUUCCAAGAAAGGGCCAGGGUCGAGAGGCAGUAUGCUCAGCAACUGAGCGAGUGGAGUACCAAGUGGAAACCCCUAGUGGAUGCCAGUCCUCUCUAUGGCUCUCUUUUGCGAGCAUGGCAGUGUUUCCUCUCAUCUGCCGAUCGCCUCUCCUUACUGCACUCCUCCAUCUGCCGGGCUCUGGUGUCGGAGGACGGAGAUCGCAUCCGGACGUGGCAAAAGGAGACUUUCCAUAAAAAGAUGUUUGGAGGUUUCAAAGAGUCCCAGGAUUUUGAAACGGGCUUCUCACGUGCCCAGAAACCCUGGGCCAAGCGACUGAAAAAGCUAGAGAAGGUCAGGGCAUCGUUUCACAAAGCGUGCCGAAAGGAACACAUGGCACGGGAGCGGGAAGCCCACUCCCAAGGCAACCCUGACAUCGCUAUCGAGAAACAGAGGAAGAUCCAGGAGGAGACAGAACUGGCCCACCAGGAGACUGAGAAAGUACGAGCCCGCUAUGAGAAGGUUCUGGAGGAGGUGACACGCUACGCUCCUCGCUACAUGGAGGAAAUGGAGUCUAUAUUUGACCAGGCACAGGAGGAGGAGAGGAAGAGGAUAAGUUUCCUUAAACAGGCUUUCCUGUCAAUCCACAGGCACUUAGAUGUCACCAACAAUGAUAGUGUAAAAGCCGUGUAUAAUGAGCUUCAUAACAGUCUGAUGUCCAUCAAUGAGCAGGACGAUUUACGCUGGUGGAAAAAUACACAUGGACCAGGCAUGCCCACCGACUGGCCUCAAUACCAGGAGUGGAUUCCAGACAAGAAGAAUAAAAGGGGAAAGAAGGAGGUGGAGCAGAAGGCAGCAGUGAUGGAGAGAAGUGUAAUGAUUGGAGGAGUGAGAGUCAGAGCUCUCUAUGACUAUGUUGGACAGGAAACAGAUGAACUGUCAUUUAAAGCAGGUGAAGAGUUUUUGAAGAUUGAGGAUGAGGAUGAUCAGGGUUGGUGCAGAGGCAUGAUGGACGGAGGAAAAGAGGGCUUGUACCCUGCUAACUAUGUGGAGGUGGUGUAAAAGCACAGGACAGUGUUAAAGAGGAUAUUCAUUUGAGACCCUUUCUGUGAAUGAAUCCAGCUAUAUCAUGGGGUCCUUAAAUCUCUACAGGUGCCCAGGUUUAUGCCUGUUUUACAGCCGUUUUGAUUGAAGUUUGCUUUGUUUUGUCUAAAUGGGAUGAUGGAUGUUUGCAGAUACGGGUUUACAGUCAAUGUGUGAUGUUUGGGAUGAAACAUGCUUUGAAAAGUGCUUUUGACCUAAAUAUUACUUGAGAAAAUGUUAAUAUUAUAUUUUUGUGUAUCAUCCCUGCUGGAAAGACCAUCCUAGCUGGUCACCAACAUACAUUGUGUUUUGGAUGUUGUUUUUCUCCCAGGCUGUAAAAAUAUUUUUUGCACUUACAUUUUUAAAGGGAUAGUUCGGCCAAAAACGAUAUUAAACCCAUGAUUUACUCACCCCCCAAGCUGUCCGAGUUGCAUAUGCCCAUCGUUUUUCAGACAAACACAUUUUCGGAUAUUUUAGAAAAUAUUUUAGAUCUUUCAGUUGAUUAAAUGUAAUAUUACGGGUUCCAGCCCUAGUCCACGACCUUCAAGUCCAAAAAAAAUGCGUCCAUCCUUCACAAAUUAAAUCCAAACAGCUCCAGGAUGAUAAACAAAGGUCUUCUGAGGGUAAUCCGUGCGGUGUUGUUGUAGAAAUAUCCAUAGUUAUUAACGUAAUUUACUACCUUCCGGGAGCGCCGCCAUCUUAGACUCAGGAGUAUUAGCGUAGUGUACGCACUUUUCUUAGUGACGUAUGACAAAUUCGGAGGGCGGGGGGACAGAGCACCAGCAGAGAAACCUCUGUACGCUGCGUAAGCUCUCAUCCUGAAUGCGGAUGAGUCUAAGAUGGCGGCGCUACCGGAAGGUAGUUAAUUACGUUAAUAAAAUUUUAAAUAUGGAUAUUUCUACAACAACACCGCACGGAUUACCCUCAGAAGACCUUUAUUUAUCAUCCUGGAGCCAUUUGGAUUUAAUUUGUCAAGGAUGGACGCACUUUUUUUGGACUUGAAGGUCUUGGACUAUGGCUGGACCCCGUAAUAUUACAUUUAAUCAACUGAAAGAUCUAAAAUAUUUUCUAAAAUAUCCGAAAAUGUGUUUGUCUGAAAAACGAUGGACAUAUGCAACUUGGACAGCUUGGGGGUGAGUAAAUCAUGGGUUUAAUAUCGUUUUUGGCCGAACUAUCCCUUUAAAUUUAUCAACUUGGAUUUACAAGUCAUUUUAACUGUAUUGAUUAGUGAUGAGUUGCUGUAACUUAUACAAUUAAGUUGAUGUAACUAAAGCAAAUUUUACUUGAUUUAAUAAGUUACAACAACUUAUAAGUGUCAAGCUGAAAUGACUUAUAAAUUGUAGUUAAUUUAACUUUAAAGUCUAAAAUGUACCAGCAAACCAGCAAAACUUACCAUCACAAACUAAUUUUGCUGUCACUAGCUAGGCAUCCAUUGACUAGCAUAAUGAACGCUAUAAUUUUGGCCUAUGAUGGUCUUUUCAUCAGGGAUGGCUUUAAUGGAGAGACUUUUAUAUGUUAUUUUUGGAAUAGAUACUGAGAUCCUCUAAUAUAUAGAGAGAAUAUGAGGUGUAUUGUCUCAUUGCAUGAAUAUACACAUUGACAGAUAUCAAUCUUUGAGUAUUUUGAGAAGAAAGUCUCACGCCAAAGAGUUUAGCACUUAUUUACAUUUUAUUAUUUACAUAUUUCUUAUGGUGACUUAUAUAGUAACUAUCUGAUGCCUGUAUAAAACGGGCCAGAUGGUUAUUAAUGUUAUCUACAGCUUCACAUGCAUUAAAGAUGUUAAUUGAUGUUGAUAUCAUAUGUUAUCUGCUUUGUAUGUUCUAUAUAUCAUAUCUGUUUGUUUGUUGUUUGUUUGUUGUUAAGUAUUGCUUGUUUCCCAUUAAGUACACAAAGGCAGUAUUAAUCACCAUUUGAGGUGAGACUCAUGAAGGCCUUAUUCAUUUCUUUUAGAUGUAAAAUGUCAUAGCAUCCACACAUGACAGUGAUGUUGAUUUGUAUGAGUACAUUUUGACCAUCACUACUCUAUGCAAACACUAGAAGUAUUAAAAGGGAUACAGAUUAGUAUUUUUUUAAAACGCGUUUUGAAAAUCCCUUUAUUACAUAUAUAUUAUACAUAUGCACAAUUUAUUACUGCAAUUCAUAUUUCACUCUGCAGAUUUCCUGGGGCCAUGUUUCACAACUGCAUCUACAAAUAUACAGGACUGUAAAUAAAUAUUUGUGUGUGGA